GGGAGCGCCGGGAGCCGCGGUGGGGAUCGUGCCCGGGGGUCGGGCAGGACCUCCCGGCGGGGGAUGCCACAGAGGCGGGGUCUGACGGCAACAUUAAAUACUUCCCCGGAGCUCCAGCUUUCCCUGGAGCUGCUCUUUCCAGCCGCUGGGGCGUGGCUGGACCGCGGCAGCGGGAGUUUAUCUGGGGCAAGGCACGGGAAUGUCGGGGGAGCCACCGCGGGAAGCACCAUGUCUCUGUUCUAACUGAGUAGCCCUUAUGACCAACAUGAGCUGGAGCUUCCUCACCCGCCUGCUAGAAGAGAUUCACAAUCACUCCACCUUCGUGGGGAAGGUCUGGCUCACCGUGCUCAUCGUGUUCCGCAUCGUGCUGACCGCGGUGGGGGGCGAGUCCAUCUACUCCGAUGAGCAGAGCAAGUUCACCUGCAACACGAAGCAGCCGGGCUGCGACAACGUCUGCUACGACGCCUUCGCGCCGCUGUCGCACGUCAGGUUCUGGGUCUUCCAGAUCAUCGUGAUCUCCACCCCUUCCGUCAUGUACCUGGGCUACGCCAUCCACAGGAUCGCCCGCUCGGCCGAGGAGGAGAAGAAGUUCAAGGGGUUCAAGAAGAAGAAGCAGUUUGCCCUGAACUGGCAGGCCGUGCGCAACAUGGAGGACGCGAUGGAGGCCGACGAGGAGGAGCCCAUGAUCUCCGACGACGCGGCGGAGCACGAGAAGGCCAAGGCCAAGCCCAAGUGCAAGGAGCCGCAGAAGCACGACGGGAGGAGGCGCAUCCAGCAGGAGGGACUGAUGAAGAUCUACGUCUUCCAGCUGCUCACCCGGGCUUCCUUCGAGGUUUGCUUUUUGAUAGGGCAGUAUCUGCUCUACGGCUUCGAGGUGGAGGCGUACUACGUCUGCAACAGGGUGCCCUGCCCUCACACCGUGGACUGCUUCGUGUCCCGGCCCACGGAGAAGACCAUCUUCCUCCUGGUGAUGUACGUGGUGAGCUGCCUGUGCCUGCUGCUGAACAUGUGCGAGAUGUUCCACCUGGGCUUCGGGACCAUCCGCGACGCCAUCCGCAACCGGAAGAUCAACAGCUUCAGGCAGCCGCCCUACAACUACGCCUACCCGAAGAACAUCUCCUGCCCCCCCGAGUACAACCUGGUGGUGAAGUCGGAGAAGUCCACCAAGAUCCCCAACAGCCUGAUGGCCCACGAGCAGAACUUGGCCAACGUGGCCCAGGAGCAGCAGUGCACCAGCCCCGACGAGAACCUGCCAGCGGAUUUGUCCACCCUUCACAAGCACCUGCGGGUGGCCCAGGAGCAGUUGGACAUCGCCUUCCAGAGCUACAGCAGCACCCAGGCCAACACCCAGCCCUCCAGGACCAGCAGCCCCGCCUCGGGGGGCACGGUGGUGGAGCAGAACAGGGCCAACACCGCCCAGGAGAAACAAGGUGCUAAACCCAAGGCCUCCUUGGAGAAGGGGAGCUCCAGCAGUAAGGACGGGAAGACGUCUGUGUGGAUAUAACUUUGUGGAAGAGGUGAGGGGGCAGCGUAAGUGGGGGGUUUAUUUUGGUUUGUCUCUGGUUUUUGGCGUUACCUUGCGUUCGUUUCGCUGGGCACAGGCACAGUUUUUGUGUGGAAGUCGAGAAAGAGAAGGAGUUUCAGACCAGUUUAGUGCUGUCUUCCAGGGCGUUAACAAAAGACAUUUCUUCCCUGUUUCCAACGUGUUCUCCAGCUGGGAACCUCCAGUGAGUAACGGGAACCUCUAGUGAGUAACAGCAACCCCCCUGCACCUCCCACCCCUUCGGUCACCACCGGAGCCCCCAGCAGAGAUGGACAAUGCGCCGUGGUGGGACGUGGAGCUGCUGGUGGCUCAGGGGGGAGGUCAGGCUGGCACGAGCAGCCGCCCUCCUGCACGGCAAGGCUUGGGGGCUGCAGGUCAGGCGGCAUUUAAUUACUAAAUACCCUUAAUCAAAUUAAUUUCCGAUCCCCUGAUUAUGAGAACAACUGACAUGUUGCACGGACCUUCACGACACGGCGUCCUGCCUGGAUUGGCAGGUUGCUCUUGCAGGGCAUCAUGAAGAUGCUGUUGGAUGCUGCAAGCCAGGAGCUGGCACCCACAUCAGGUUAUGGGGCGGGAAGACAGCGACUGUCUCACACAGAGAGCCCUAAGAACAGCCCAGCACUGAAGGUUUCGUCUUUUAUUCCUCUGCGUUGAAGCAAAAAGCAGAUCUGCUCCAACCCUCCGGAGCAGGAGCGAGCAGUGACACUGCAUCCUACCGGUGCCUGUGUAGCCCUUGCUACAGAUGUGAUGGGAAUCCUUGCAGUUACAGAGUUUUUUUAACGAACUGCUGCUUAAAAUCAUCAGAAAGUGCCUUUAUGCAACCAGGAAAACAAAAAGCGUGGAGGGUUUAGGCUUCUUUAUUUGCUGAGUUUAAGUAGAGGUCGGAAGGUCGGAGUCGGCAAAUUUGGUUUUUCUGAUUAAUCAAGAAAGAUCUCUGUUGGCAAAUCUAGGGGUUUUUUGGUGAAUCAAGGAAGAUCUCUGUUGGUAAGUUUGUUUUUCUGAUGAAUCAAACCCUUAUAAAUAGUGGCAGAAGGCAGAUCUAUGCAUAGUGUGUCUAUGGUGUGUGUGUGUGUACGUGUACGUAUAUAUACAGACACAUAUGAACAUGUGUGUGUGAAUAUAGACAUAGAGAGAUAUAUGUAAAUGUAAUAUCAACCCUCUGGUCAUUUUACAGCCUUCCACCUCCCCUGGGAAAACCCAGCUGCUCCAGGACUGGGGCUGAUCUCAUCCUGGAGCAGUUGUUGGGCUUUCAGCCUCCAGCCUCACCUGGGCCAUGGGGAGGUUUCCCACACUUUCCUGAGGGGCUUUGCAGGAGAUCUGGCUUCCGUGGGGACAGGACCAGGAUGGCAGCAGGAAAUUUUUCCUCAGUUUAUGGGGUGUUUUUUUCAGCUUGGCUUGUUUUUAGGGUGGUUUUCCUGCACUUACAGUAGUCUGGGGUCGUGUUGAAAGCUGCUGAGCUCCAAGGCUCCUGCUGGUGCUGAGAUGUGCUUUGUCAGGGUGGUUUCAUCCCACGUCUCCUGCACAGCUCUGGGGCUGUGGCUUUGUUCCCCUACAGAAAGAAAACCUCAUCACUGGGAGCACGGGGAGCAUCUCCUGCCAAGUGGCAGAGACUGGAGCUGCCCAACUCUACCAGAGAGGGUCUGAUCCCUGAGAUGUUCCCAAGAUACCUGUGGCUUGGCAGAUGCUCUCACAACCUCCCAAUAAUCCUGUGGCUGAUUCCUCACCAUGGAGAACCCAAAUAGGCAGAGCCUUCAAGAUCAAACCUAACACAAAAGAAGUCAAUCCUCCCUAACACAGCACUGUCCCUGUGCUGAGCUGUUCCCUUGGGGCUGUGCCAGCCACCCAAAGUCACAUCCAGGUCCCUGGACCAGUAUUUUUUUCUCCAUUGGGUUUACAGGAUUUCUUCCUGGGCAUCACUGUCGUGUCCUUGAGAUCAGUCCCUAAAAGCCUUGAGGAUGCCUGUUGUGUCCAGGCCCCUUGGCCGUUCUGGGGAACAGGCAGAAAAUUUGGAUAUGCCCUUCAUCUCCUGGGAACCUCAGCUGAGCUGCUCCAUGCCUUUAGAGAACAAAAAGUGGAAUU